CGCGCGGCGGCUUCGCCUGGCCGCGCCUGGACGCGCGGCCCGACGGCGCGCCGGUGCUCGACGCGCCAGAGAUGCCGCCCGGGGACCUGUCGUUGGAGGACCGACCUGCUGCCCGAGGGUCGCGCGCAGCAGGUGCCGCGCACUCAGGCUCGCGCGCGAGCGGCCCUGGGCGCCGCCGGCGCGCUGGCGCCGUGCCAGGGCCCCGAGCAGCCGGAGGGGCAGCUCGUGCAGGAGGCCCUCGGGCGCCUCUACGCGCAGCUCCUCGAGGCGGCCUCCGGCGCCGCGGUGCAGAGCCUGCUGGGCGCGCUGUCGGCGCUGCUGCCCCAGCUCGGGGGCGGCUGCGGCGACGGCGCGGCCCGGCUCGCCGCGGCCGCCGAGGUGGAGAUGGAGCUCGACGUCUCCCGCGACGCCUCCCCGACGCCCCCGCCGUCGCGGCGGCACGGGCUGGCGCAGCCCGUGGCCGUGAUGUGAGGGCUUGUGUUUCCGCCUCUUCCUCAGCAGCCCCGACCUCCGGCCCCUUCAGUCAAGCGAACGGCCCCGGGGCGCCCUCGGCCAGUGGCACGCAGCCCCC